AUGGCUCCUCGUGUCCCUCGUCUCCCCAAGGCCAGACCCACCGAGAUGUUCUGCAUCUCUGCCGCCGGCGUCGGUGUCCUGGCGCCACUGUACAUGGCCAUGCCCGGUGCCGAAGAGAAGCUCGCCAAGCAGACCACCAAGUGGGCUCCUCGCUGGGAGCGCAACAUCACCUACUUCACCAACCCUGCCGAGCGCACAGCCCAGCGCAUCGAGCCCCCCAUCUCAAAGGUGGUGAAGAAGCUGGACGAGAAGCUGCCGCUGGAGAAGAUGGCCAAGGGCAUGGAGAGGGGCAUCCGCAAGUCGAUUGAUCGCUUCGGUGGCCCCAAGCCAGAAUAA